CUGUCGCCCACCCACACACACUGCUUUACAUUGUUCUCCUUACAGCUGCCUGACCUUGGCCAGCCUACCGUUAAUCUCAUACUCUCCAUAUAUACACGCUCUGCAGGCAUAUCCCACCGGGGAGGAAGGCAGAUAAAAUUGGACCGCCUGAACCGCCAUUUCCAACGGGUUUUAAUGUCAUUGCUAGUUUCUAGCUCCAGAUCACUCGUCGUGCCAUUGUUCGUCCGUCUCUGUCGACCUACUUGUCCUGGCGCAAGUACCGUCCUGCUGUCCACCCCCAAGUCGCACAGCACAGCACAGCAGCAACACAACACCGCCGUUCAACGCCAGACGACGGAGAUCCAGGACCAGCUCGUGUCGGCAGCGUGGUCCCUAACACGCAACCCACCUCUUGUCAGGGCUUAGGCCGCAGCACACGAAUUUCGUUUGACCCUACAGCACAAUACAAUACGACACCCCGGACUUCCUUACGCAGGUCGUACCGUAUCAGACGCCAGUGAGACUCGCCGUCCCUCCUGGCUGGUCCGUUCCCUUCCCUACCGUUGCAGCGUGCAUCGCAGGCACAGCACAGCACCACGACACUCGGCGGACGGUACCUCAGACUCUUCAGAUCUCCAUCUCCAUCUCUGCUCGUCUCUUCCACCCAACGCCUCGCAAGUCGCCGCCUGUCGUCCGACCCACUGGGAGUUUUGCAUGCAGAGCUGCAGUGCUGCUGCAGUGUCCACGCCAAGCCGCCCACAUCUGCUGCCCGUCAUGCAGUCCCAGAGUCAGUCGAGCUCGCUAUUGUCCCCUAUUGG